UGAGCUAGGCGAAGGCAACGCGGGUCUCACCGACCCAGAGGGUCCACUAUGAGGGCGCUGGUGGUGCGCCCGAGGCUCGGGCCCCUGCCGGGGCCGCUGUGGCUGCCGGGCGCUGGCGGCACUAGGCGGAGGCGGCUCGGGGCCGAAGCGGGGGCCGGGGCCGAGCGGCAGUACCUGCAGCGGAGCGUUGUACCCACCCUGCACUUCCAGCCAAGCCUGCCCAGGCUGCCUAUUCCCAAACUUGAAGACACCAUGAAGAGAUACCUCAGUGCCCAGAGACCUCUUUUGGAUGACAGCCAGUUCAGGAAGACGGAGCAGCUCUGCAGGUCUUUUGAAAGUGGACUUGGCCAAGCGCUACAUGCUCAGCUGGUUGCUCAGGACAAACAAAAUAAACACACCAGCUAUAUCUCAGGUCCCUGGUUUGAUAUGUACCUCUCUGCCCGAGACUCCGUUGUUCUGAAUUUUAAUCCAUUCAUGUCUUUCAACCCUGACCCAAAGCCCGAUUAUAACGACCAGCUUACACGAGCAACAAACCUCACGGUGUCGGCCGUGCGGUUCAUGAAGACUCUUCGGGCCGGCCUCCUGGAGCCAGAGGUGUUCCACCUCAACCCUGCCAAGAGCGACACCGAUGCCUUCAAGCGGCUGAUCCGCCUCGUGCCUUCAUCCUUGGCCUGGUACGGGGCUUACAUGGUCAAUGCCUACCCCUUGGACAUGUCCCAGUAUUUCAGACUUUUCAAUUCAACUCGGUUACCCAAGCCUGGUCGAGAUGAGCUUUUUACCAAUGAGAAGGAAAAGCACCUCCUGGUGUUGAGGAAUGGGAAUUUUUAUGUCUUUGACGUCCUGGACCAGGAUGGGAACGUGCUCAAAGCGGCUGAGGUCCAUGCUCACCUCAAGUACAUCCUCUCCGAUGGCAGCCCCGCUCCCCAGUUCCCUCUGGCGUAUCUGACCUCUGAAAACCGAGACGUCUGGGCAGGGCUGAGGCAGGAGCUGCUGAAUAAUGGGAACAAGGAAGCUCUUGAGAAGGUGGACUCGGCCCUGUUCUGCCUGUGUCUGGAUGGCUUCCCCAUCACAGACCUGGUCCAUUUGUCCCAUACCAUGCUGCAUGGGGACGGUGUGAACCGAUGGUUUGACAAAUCCUUUAGCCUCAUUAUGGCCAAGGAUGGGAACGCCGCCAUCAACUUUGAACACUCCUGGGGGGACGGCGUCGCUGUGCUUAGAUUCUUCAAUGAAGUGUUUAAAGACAGCACUCAGACCCCUGCCAUCACACCCCAGGCUCAGCCUGCUCCCGUUGACUCAUCGAAGGCUGUGCAGAAACUUGACUUUAGAUUGAAUGAUAUCUUGAAAGCUGGAAUCACCAGAGCCAAAGAGAAGUUCGACUCCACCGUGCAGACCCUCACAGUGGACAGCAUUCAGUUCCAAAGAGGAGGUAAAGAGUUCUUGAAGAGGCAUAAAAUCAGUCCUGAUGCCGUGGCUCAGCUCGCCUUCCAGAUGGCCUUCUUCCGGCAGUACGGGCAGACAGUGGCCACCUACGAGUCCUGCAGCACGGCGGCGUUCAAGCAUGGCCGCACCGAGACCGUCCGUCCAGCUUCUGUGUUCACUAAGAAAUGCUCUGAGGCGUUUGUCCGAGAGCCUUCCCAGAGCAGCACAGACCAGCUCAGGGACAUGAUUGCCCAGUGCUCCAAGUACCACAACCAGCUGACAAAGGAAGCCGCAAUGGGCCAGGGCUUCGACAGACACUUGUUUGCCUUGAAAUACCUGGCGGCAGCUGAAGGCCACCCCCUGCCUGACUUAUACCAGGACCCUGCCUAUGGGCAGAUAAACCACAACAUCCUGUCCACCAGCACCCUGACCAGCCCUGCUGUGAACAUCGGGGGCUUUGCCCCUGUUGUCCCUGAUGGCUUCGGCAUCGGCUACGGGGUCCAUGAUGACUGGAUUGGGUGCAACAUCUCCUCCUACCCGGGCCGGGAUGUCAGGGAGUUCCUCCGGUGCGUGAAUAAGGCCCUGGGUGACAUUUUUGAUGUCCUGGAAGGUAAACCUGUCAGGAGCUAGUGGGGGCGGGUGAUUGAGGCUUUUAAGUGUGUAUGUAGCUGGGACACCUCAUCUCUAGAGAGAAUCAGGAGUGGGGAGGGGGCUGGUCGGGAGUGUCCUGUGAGCCCUAGAAUCAUGGGAUGUCUGAGUAAUGAAUGUGAUCACAUUUUAAUUUAAAAAUCAUGAGUCCAGUCGCAAUGAUGGUUAGUCAAAGUAAGAUGAAUUGCACAAGUUAAAUAGUGAAUCAUGACUUGCGGGUGGAUAUGAGCUGGAGCGGGCCAUAGCUGGCAUUUCUCCCAGAGGAGGCGGCCCCUGGCUUCUGUCUGAUUAGCCUGGCACCGGCUGGGGUACGGUCACUCCUGGAAACCGUCUCAAUCCACAGGGAUGACCUGUUGUUGGACAUUGAUCUUCCUGCAAUAAACCUUCUCUCUUGAGACCCA